CCAAGUUGCUGGGCGAAGCUUGAACCUGGUGCAACACCUCGCAAUUCCAAGGAACGAAGGCGUUAGGAUCGCUGGAAACUGUGACGUUGAAUAGCCACAUGGAAUCGCGGGAGAUCUUCAGCGGGUGUGGAACUUCAGAAAGAAGGCUGUGAUGUUGGCCCAAUACAAACACCAUGCCAGGCCGCCUUCCGAAGAAGGAUGACUUUCCUGCCACAAUUACCCUCAGCAUCACCCCGCCACCUCCUUCAAACUCUCCAACCAACAUCCUGCUCCUGCUCCACGGCCUCGGUGACACCAACGCCUCGUUUACUACUCUUGGCCAGCGCCUAUCCCUCCCCGAAACCGCCUGCAUUUCCAUACAAGCUCCAAAGCCACUACCUUUCGACCUCGGCGGCUUUCACUGGGGCGAUGACAUCGUCUUCGACCAAGCCUCUGGUGAGAUGGACGUGGACACAGGCUUCAAGUCGUCUACGCGUCUAGUCCUCGAUGAUGUAAUACGCAAAGGCCUAGUCGAGAAAUGUGGGUACAAGCCACGCGACAUCGUAAUCUUCGGAUUCGCACAAGGCGCCAUGGUUGGACUUCAAGUUGCUGCUGAGCUAAUAGAGGAUGAACUGGGCGGCCUAAUAUCUAUCGGAGGUGUCAUUCCAUCCGGCGCCCCUCUCAAGGCAUUGGAUAAGAAGAGUAAAACACCUGUCAUAGUGUGCAAAGGCUCGAAGAACUCCGCCGUUACGCCGAGUGCGAUAACAAGGAUGAAGGACACAUUUGAGUUUAUAGAGGUCAAGGAAUGGAAGAAGAUUGGGGAUGGCAUGCCAAACAAUCGAGACGAGAUGCUGCCUAUUAUGCAGUUCUUCGCCAGGAGACUCCGGAGUGUAAAGGGAGUACCAGCAGGCAGCGUGGAGAUAACUUGAACAUGACUUAGAGCACGAGAUAAAGGUCAAGGCUUUCCUCAAUAUCAUUUGCAAAAUAUUUCAUAUGAGAUACGUUCUUCCUCGAAUGCGCACUCGAUACAAAGGGUCUGAACUGCGUUGCUCCCUGAGUCGUUCGGAGAUUUAAGUUACUUCUCACGCCAAUGAGGGAUACUAGAAGGCAUUACUGUAGAUGUCUACUUGUGUGGCUCACAAUUAGAACAACGUUAACAGGAAGUUCUUCCCAUUCCUCUCCAGAUCGUAUCACGUGCUUCAGGACCGGGGUCGCGAGGUCGGCAAUGACGUUAGGCGGGGAUCUCACAACACUUCGUCCAAU